GACGUCAUAUCCGUUUUUAGCCCCCCACCUCCCCACCGGUGUCAGUGCUGCUCUGCUGAAGUUCGCAGUUGAACUUGCUAUGCCUGCUGCGGAGAAACUGAGGGGAACAUACCGACGCCUUUAACUCUCGGGGACAGUGAUAUAAAGUGACUCAGACUGCUGGGGCUGCUGCACCGCAUAUUAGCGGAUGAUGUUUUCCUUAUCAAUGUCGGUCCAGCCACAGGUGACUCUGCCUCUCAGUCACCUCAUCAACAUCCUUCACCCCCUGAAGAGCUCAGUGGGAAGCAGCAGCAGUGUCACCUGCACGUCAAGAAAACAAAAGGAGCAUGCCCCGGAUGCAGAUCCCCACCGUACAGAGCACGCGCUCUCCGCCGGGAACCUCCGGGAGCUCGGUUUGUCCGACCUCGGAAAGCAGCAGCUGGACGAGCUGGUGAGCCAGGUGUUGCCACGCUUGAGCCCGCAGGAGACGCCCCCUCCUGCCUGGGGACAGUCGCCAUGGAGGACCUCCCACCUCUCUUCUCACUCCUUUUUCCACAAUAAGCACGGCUUUUCUUUGGGCGCCUUGCCCCUGAUGCCUCCUGCUUACUUAAACAAGCACCCGUCUCCCCUUCAGACGGUCUGCACAGAGCUGAGACACUGGCCAGUGAUGUUUCAGAACAGAGGCUUCAAAACUCUAAGGACCAAAACCAGGCGAGUGCAGUCGGCCUUCGAACGGCCUGCCGACUCCGAGACUUUCGCACCGUCUUUCAUCAAGGGUUUCCUGACGCGCGGUAAGGGGCUGGACGCUGAUAGCCUGGAUGGUCUGGUGAGGAACAAGAACAUACCUGAUGGACACCAGGAGGCGUUCAAGAGGGGCUUCGCUGAUGGUUUCCUCAAAGCUCAGGCGCUGACGCAGCGCACCCAAGACUCUCUGAGGAGAACUCGUCUGUUCCUGCUGGUCCUGCUUCUGGUCGGGCUCUACGGCAUCUCCAAGACUCCGUUCAUAUCUGUUCGCUUCCGAACAACAACAGGCCUGGACUCAGCCGUGGACCCGGUGCAGAUGAAAAAUGUGACGUUCGAGCACGUGAAGGGCGUCGAGGAAGCCAAAAACGAGCUGCAGGAGGUGGUGGAGUUCCUGAAGAACCCGCAGAAGUUCACGGCCCUCGGAGGAAAGCUGCCAAAGGGCGUUCUGCUCGUUGGUCCUCCAGGGACAGGAAAGACUCUGCUGGCCCGAGCCGUGGCCGGAGAGGCCGACGUGCCGUUUUACUACGCCUCUGGUUCAGAGUUUGACGAGAUGUUUGUUGGCGUUGGAGCGAGUCGCAUCAGGAACCUUUUCAGGGAGGCUAAAGCUAACGCUCCGUGUGUGAUCUUCAUCGACGAACUGGACAGCGUGGGAGGGAAAAGGAUCGAGUCUCCUAUGCACCCUUACUCCAGACAGACCAUCAACCAGCUGCUUGCCGAGAUGGACGGGUUUAAACCUAAUGAGGGGGUGAUCAUCAUUGGAGCAACUAACUUCCCAGAGGCUCUGGAUAACGCGCUGAUCCGCCCGGGGCGUUUUGACAUGCAGGUGACCGUACCCAAACCAGACGUGAAGGGACGGACGGAGAUUCUCAACUGGUACCUGAAGAAGAUCAAAGUAGAUCAAGCCAUUGAGGCCAACGUUAUCGCCCGGGGAACAGUCGGAUUCUCUGGCGCCGAUCUGGAAAAUCUGGUGAACCAGGCCGCCUUGAAGGCAGCAGUCGAUGGCAAAGACAUAGUCACCAUGAAGGAGCUGGAGUUCGCUAAAGACAAAAUCCUCAUGGGCCCUGAGAGAAGGAGCGCAGAAGUAGACCAGAAGAACAAGCUCAUCACGGCGUACCACGAGUCUGGUCACGCCAUCGUAGCGUACUACACCAAAGACGCCAUGCCGAUUAACAAGGCCACCAUCAUGCCCAGAGGCCCGAGUCUGGGACACGUGUCCAUGCUUCCGGAGAACGACAGGUGGAGCGAGACUCGCUCUCAGCUUCUGGCACAGAUGGACGUCAGUAUGGGCGGCCGUGUGGCAGAGGAGAUUAUUUUUGGCCAUGAAAACAUCACAACAGGCGCAUCGAGCGACUUCGAUAGCGCUACCAGGAUUGCCAAGAUGAUGGUGACCCGAUACGGGAUGUGUGAGAAGUUAGGCGUGAUGACCUACUCCGACCUGACAACCCAAAGUCCGGAGACACAAGCUGCUGUGGAGCAAGAAGUCAGGGUUCUGCUGAAGGACUCCUACGAGCGUGCCAAAUCCUUGCUGAAGUCUCACGCCAAGGAGCACAAGAACCUGGCCGACGCUCUGCUCAUGUACGAGACGCUGGACGCCAAAGAGAUUCAGCUGGUCCUGGAGGGCAAAACGCUGGAGACCAGAUAAAACCAGCAGGAACACAGCCGGGGAAUGAACGGGGGCGGGAGGGCAUGGGUACAUUUUUAAAGAGAAUUAAAUCAGAGGCAUCCAUCCGUAGUGUCUCCUUUUUAAAAAAGAAAAGUGCUCCACUUUAUGUCCUCGUGACUUCGUGGAACCUCCCAAACAGUUCAGGUUGAUUCUUAAAACAAAGACUCGUCUUCGGCGUCAUCGUGCGUUCCGAUGCCAGCACAUCGUUUUUUGUUUUUUUUUCUUUUCUUCUUGAGCCUCAAGGUGCCGACGUGUGGAGCGCCUUUAAAUAAAUCAAAUCUUUUAUGGCAGGGUCAUAAUCUCACGUUGAAAUUUGUAGGGGAAAAAAAUAAUAAAAAAAUCAACUUUAAUUUAUUUGUAUUUAUUCUGUGGGAGGAGAAAAUCAAUGUUAAAUUUUAACUCAGUCAUCAAUGACAUAUUGGAGAGAGUUCUUGGUUGAGACUGUCUAGAUCCUGGAGUGUCAGGGAGCCUUUUACAGCCCUGUGAAUUAUUGUUAUUGUUAUUAUUAUUAUUAAUAAAGUUAUCUAUAUUUUUUUUGCUUAAGCAAGGGACAGGCGGCUGAUGUUUCUGUGGUUUAGAUGCUUAUUUGUAUUAUUUUAAGUGUGACAUUUUUGCUGAUGAAAGAGUUCUCAAAAAUAUGAUGCAAAUUAUUGUCUACUUGCCGCAUUUACUUUUAUUAUUAUUAUUAUUAUUAUUAUUAUUAUUAUUAUUAUUAUUAUUAUUAUUAUUAUGUCAUAAUAAAUUAGAUAAACAUCAAGUCACGUAAACAGGGUAGAAACCAACCAGCACAAAAAAAAUGCCAGAAAUUAUGAGCCAUUCUUACAAAAUUCAGACUUUGUCUCGUUUAAAAUGUUAUGUUUUUAGAUAGAGGAGGAUUUUGUUUGGGGGGGAUUUUUCUUUUCUCGCUAAAAUAAAUAGAACUCAAAUUGAAGGCAGGAUUUUUUAUUAUUAUUAUCAUUAUUUUCAGCAUGAGAUUAUGCUGCCACUAUAAAAGAGGAAUCCAAUUUAAUUGUUUAUCCACGUCUGUCCGUAACUGUAAUGAUUCAUGAAUGUAUGGAUGAACUCUUAAAGAUUUAUCCACUUUAAAAGUGAAUGAACCCUCGUUUUUCCUGGAAGAUGUCGCGGCGUUUCACGCACGGGGAGGGUUUUACUAAGAUGGUAAAAAUGAUCGGGUAAUAACACAAAAACACAGUAGCCACCAUGUUUUCCAUCUUAGUGUUUUGAAGAGGCGCGUCACAAAUAUUCCCACUUUUCCUUCCUCCCAUUUGCCCCUCACAGGUAUCUGCUCCUCCGUCGUAAAGGCGGCCUUUUGGGUGAAUGCAUAACGAGCCAUUUUAUUUUAUUUUUUUACUUCAGUGCAUUACUGUCUGUGCACUUUAUUUUCUCAUUUUAAAGUCAAAACUACCCUUAUUUAUUUGGUUUGGCUUUUGGAAAGGCUCAGAGUGAAACGCUAGUCUGCUUGUAAUUACAGAUACGCGAAGCGAAGACGAACCAAAAGGCCCGUUUUGCGUCGCUCUUCUUCUUCGCUGCGG